AUGGCGACACAAGACAAUUAUUUUCGCAAUCAGUAUGACAACGACGUGACUGUAUGGAGCCCACAGGGUCGCAUUCAUCAAAUUGAGUACGCCAUGGAGGCUGUGAAGCAAGGCUCUGCCACUGUAGGACUCAAAUCCAAAACACAGGCAGUCCUGGUUGCACUGAAGAGAGCUCAGUCAGAACUGGCGGCCCACCAGAAGAAGAUUCUCCAUGUUGACAACCACAUCGGCAUCUCCAUCGCUGGUCUCACUGCAGAUGCUAGGCUGCUUUGUAACUUCAUGCGUCAAGAGUGUUUGGACUCCAGGUUCGUCUUUGACCGCCCCCUGCCCACGUCACGACUCGUCCAUCUCGUCGGCAGCAAAACUCAAAUCCCAACACAACGAUACGGAAGGAGACCGUACGGCGUCGGUCUGCUAAUUGCCGGCUAUGAUGACAUGGGUCCCCACAUCUUCCAGACGUGCCCGUCAGCCAACUAUUUCGACUGCAAAGCCAUGUCGAUAGGCGCUCGCUCGCAGUCGGCCCGCACCUACCUGGAGAGAUGCAUGGACAAGUUUGCAGACUGUAAUCUGAAUGAGUUGGUCCAGCAUGGUCUGAGAGCCCUCAGAGAGACUCUCCCCACCGAGCAGGACCUGACCACCAAGAAUGUUUCCAUUGGCAUCGUGGGUAAGGAUAUGGAGUUCACCAUCUAUGAUGAUGACGAUGUUGCCCCCUUCCUUGAGGGGCUAGAGGAAAGGCCACAGAGAAAGGUGGUCGCGCCUGCAGACGAAGAUGCCGCCACUGCUGCAGAGGCGCCCGAUGAGCCCAUGGAGCACUGA